AAUUGGGUUUCCUCAAAACCCUAAUCCAGCGACACUUUCUCCCUGCCCCUCUCUGUUUUGCUUGAUUGAGAGUUUGUCUGUUAGGUUGCCGAGAAAGUUAAGGAAAGCAAAGGAAGAAGAAAAGAUAGCGAUUUGCUUCCUUUGGAACCCUCUUGCUUUUGGCUCGUUCCGCAAAAAUUAGGUAAUUUUGCAGUUACUUAGCUCACUUGAGUUUGAUUUCGUGCUUUAAAAGAAGUGAUUUUUGUGCGUGUGUUGCUGAGCUUGAUUGUGAGAGAGGAAAUAGUUUCCUUACAAUUAUUUGAGUUGAAGUCACUUGUUUUGUUGCUGAGAAUUAGGAAUCUACUAUGGGGUCGGAAUUAGGGUCACAGUUAACCAACAUUAAAGCUGUGAGCCAAGAAUCACCACAUAAGAAAUCAAAAAAGAAGAGAAAGAGGGAGAACACUGAAGAUAUUGUGAGCCAAGAAUCACCACAAACAGCUACCGAGAAAUCAAAAAAGGAGAAAAAGAGGGAGAAUGAGGGAAGCUAUGAUGAUGGGACAAUCCCAAUCCAGAAUGACCAGCCACUCAACGUUGAUGAAUCCAAUGAGCAACCACCUAUGAAUGUCAAAAUUGAAGUCAUUUAUGACCGUCCUGAUAAAACCCCGCCUAUAGUGGGAUAUUUCCCUUCUGGUUAUGAGCCUCGUAAAUAUGAUGACAGCAACAAUUCGCAGGAACCCAAUCACGAAGAAAACUUGUCACUUCCACAGCCAACUGUUAGGUUUUAUAGGAAUGCUCAAAGGACCAAGAUUGAGAAAAGUUCCAAUGAAAAGAAUGAUAAAUGGAAAAGUUCAGAAAGGAUGGAACUGGUUGUGAAUCCUAAUGCGUACAAUAUGGAUUUUGUGGGCAAGAGCUAUAAAGGUGAGGCUACGGCUGCUCAGUUGUGCACUUAUGCGCUUGGGGUUUUUGAUAAGAAGACUCAGACUUUGAAGAUUAUGCCCGUUGCCGGAAAUAAGAUAUUCAGAUUGCAACCUAAAGUCCGAGGAUUAGAUACUGCUGAUAAGGAACCUUCAGUUUUGGAAAAUGAGGAGGUUUCUGGAGAAAAAAAGGCAGAUAAGAUAAUGGCACUUAAUCUUGCCUAUGGAUCAAAGGCAUCUGUAAGCCAGUAUAAAAAAGCACAGGCUCUGAAGCAGGGAGAUGAUCCUGAAUCACAGAGAGAUUUGGGCAAGAAAAUUGAUAAUGUUGUGGUUAACAAGGAGGCUCUUGAAAGUGCUAGUGCCCAUGUUGCUCGAAACAUUCCACCUCAUAAUACUUCUGCCACCACCCCUAAGGAGGCCUAUCCUUUGAAUAGGAUUAUUCUUACAGGAGAGUGGGAUUUCCUUGAAGAUAUUUAUGAGAUUUUGCAAGGAGGGGCUGGAGCAAUGAGCAAUGCUUACCCAAGUUUUGUUUGCAACAGAAUCCAUAAAUUACAGGAAAUCCAGGAUGAAGUGGAGAAGAACACACUUUCGCACAUCUUCUCCUACAUUACUCAUCUUAUAAAGUUUAAAGAUCUGCAUUCUUUGGAUGGUGCAUCCUCAGCAAAGACCCACAGGUUUCCAAGCAUUCUUCGGCAGAAAUUUGUGGAGAUUUUUACUCCAGAAUCAAGAAGGCUGCCAAUUGAGAAAAUUGAUCUUCUCAUUAGUUAUGUCCUAGUGCUGACUCUGUAUGCUGAUGAUUUCAGGACUGACCCGACGGACAUUGCCAAAGAUCUGAAGGUUAGUCCUGUUAACUUAAGAGUGCAUUUUGAGAAUUUGGGGUGCAAGCUUGUACGUGAAAACAAGUUAUUAUUGGCAACCCUUCCUGUCCCUCUCACGUUCCCAACUCAGAGGCAGAAGCGAAGACGUUAGAAGGAUUAGAGAACCCAAAAAUCAUUUUUUGUCUGGUAGAAAUUAGUCCCAUGUCCUGGGAAGCUCCCAGUGUGGGGCAAGAUCUUUGGGAUGGACCAAGUUGUUGAUGAAUUUUUGUCUACCUUUUUAUUGGUCCAAAGAGACAACUAUGCAUUUUAUUUUCCCUCUCAUGAGAAACAAUUUGAUUCGAUUUCCUUUUCAAGUGUUGUAAACAUUCUUGGAUGUGGGAAUAUAAUUAAAUCCGUGAAAAUUUGUGUUUUA